UCCCAACAUCCACGAUCGUGCAUUUCUCCUGGUCUUGCCCUCUUGGCCCGAAGUAGAUAGGCCGACGUACUAAUGGUGAAUUGUCGUAGUCGUUGAAAUAUUCAAUACCAAAUUGCCAUUCCCCUAAAUUGAAACCACUCAUAGUCACCGUAAAAUUAUUUUUUAAAAAUGGCUGUAGCUGCCAGAACCCUCGCAAAACUCUCAGUUAGGAGACCAAACAGCCUCAUCAAUGCACAAGUUCGAUUCAAUUACACGGAGACAAGGAAAAACUUGAAGAUUGACUCUAACACAAAAGUCAUCUGUCAGGGAUUCACUGGUAAACAGGGAACAUUUCAUUGUCAACAGGCUAUUGACUAUGGAACGAAGGUCGUGGGAGGUGUCAGUCCGAAAAAAGCUGGCACUGAACAUCUGGGGAAACCUGUUUACAAAACUGUGAAAGAGGCGAAAGAGGCAACAGGUGCUACAGCCUCUGUCAUUUAUGUACCACCACCAGCUGCAGCAGCUGCGAUAAUGGAGGCACUCGACGCAGAAAUGCCUCUGAUUGUCUGCAUAACUGAGGGAAUUCCUCAGCAUGACAUGGUCAAGGUUAAGAGACGAUUACUGGAGCAGAAUAAGUCGAGACUCAUAGGACCCAAUUGCCCGGGUAUCAUUGCACCAGAACAGUGUAAAAUUGGGAUUAUGCCAGGGCAUAUCCACCAGAAGGGGAAAAUUGGUAUCGUUUCAAGGUCAGGAACAUUAACGUACGAGGCUGUGAAUCAAACAACUCUGACGGGAUUGGGCCAGUCCCUGUGUGUUGGAAUUGGUGGAGAUCCCUUCAACGGUACAGACUUCAUCGAUUGCCUGGAGGUGUUCCUGAGGGAUCCUGGUACCGAUGGUAUCAUCAUGAUUGGAGAGAUCGGUGGUAGUGCUGAGGAGUCUGCCGCUGAGUACCUCAUUGAACAUAAUACUGGAGCGAAAGCUAAACCAGUUGUUUCGUUCAUCGCUGGAAUCACUGCCCCACCUGGUCGUAGGAUGGGCCACGCUGGCGCCAUUAUCUCUGGGGGAAAGGGUGGAGCUCAGGACAAAAUCAAUGCUCUUGAAAAGGCUGGUGUAAUUGUAACAAGGAGUCCAGCACAAAUGGGUCGAGAGCUCCUGAAAGAAAUGCUCCGUCUUGGACUCGUAUCAAAGUAAUAACUAACUGAACAUCCAAAUAACAAAUGAAUAAAAAAAUAAAUAAACUCCAAGACUCUCUGUAAAAUGAUGUAGUUAUUUGUGUCGUGUAUCCUCUGAUUAAUAAGUCUUCUCUGUUGAAUAACAAAAAAAUGCAACGAUUAAAGAACAAAAACAAAAAUAUUGCCAUAAUUGUUGUCCAAUGACUAGUAACAAACGUUGAACAAGAUAAAUCAGCGAUCAACAAUUGAAAUUGUACAGAGGUUCAUUGUUACGUGGUCUAAUAUGAUUAAUGAAAGUAAUUGGAGGUCAUCAUCAUGGGAUAAACGCUAAUGAAGAGCUCCUGCAGUGACAUAUGCUUUCACAUCCAACAUUGCCAGAGAUGUAAUCACUCAACGUCAACAGAUCAUAAUUAUAUGUACUGUUAUUUAAUUAUUACAAUGCGCUUAUUGUAAAUCAUGUUGAAAGAUGAUAUGGAGAAUAAAUCAUUAAUUUAAAAAAUUA